GAAGAAGCAAAGAAGCGAAGUGAACGAUGCGGGACGAAAAACAAACUGCCGUGCCUGCGAAGAAAUCGAAUGUGUCCGAUGACAAAGGUGAAAGAUACGUCCACGACGGCGCACGCGAGAAAAGCAAAAGAAAUGCUGUUGAACACGAGCCAGAUGCAGACGAGGAACCAGGUAGGAAGACAACGGCCGCGCGUCGCGGGCGAGUUAAGAGGCGUGCCCGCUACGCUCGCCUCACUACCGAAGGCAGGGCAGCUUCAAUGGACGAUGUGCAACCCGGGUCUACAAUCAAGCAUCCCGUGGAGCAACCUGAUUCACUCACGCGGGAGAAACCAACAUUGGAUAACGACAAGCGGCGUUCUGAAGAAAGAGGCCGGCGCCACCGCGAGAAGUCCCGUAGAAGCAAGUCCCCUGGUAAUCGAGCCAUGCCCGGCUUGCGCCCAUCUUACAGAGAGGCUGCCCUUGAGGAGCCCAAAGCAGUCGCAAAGCCACUGACGCACAAACUACUCGCCCGUCAGCUGCAGGAUCAGGAGGGACAGACUACCGAAACGGAGCUGCUCAGCUCAGCGACUGAGAAAGACAAAUAUUCUGAGCAAGUCGUGCCGCACAAGGCUGCCAUGGAGGUGGAGAGUCCAGCCGCUACCAAGGUUCCUCGGAGUGCGGCCGCACUGCUGUCGGAUGAAGGCGGCUACAGCAUCUCGGCUGGUGGAGCUCGCAAGUGCGGCCAAUCAACAGAAACCAUGGGCUUUAACCGCACGGGCAUGAACCGCGCCAUUCUCGUGGCUAUCCUGUGGCGCUGCGUUCAGGGUCGUCAUGGCGCUCCUUGUGUGGCUCAUCGGGACGCACAGGUCGGAUGGCGCCGCCUUCACGGCUUCUACCUGGCUCAAGUGUAUCCUCUCGACAACGACACAAUAAAACCGGUAGAGGCGAACUACGGGUCAGACUUCGUGGUCAACGCUUUCCAGUUUACGGCAGGCGGGGGCAGUCCCGGAACACCUUUGCAAGACUUGGACGCGCUGUUGGCGGAGUGUAGGGACCGAGAAGUGGCUCAACGCCUCCUAAUACAAGACUUCUACUACGCGCAUACGGCGCGGGUCGUGCUCAACUACGCCACUUUUGGGUACUACUUGGCCAAGCAACCCUUCUGGGCAGGAUCGCCGUGGCACGGCGCUAGUAACGACAGCCACGGCAACUCGUCCGCGGCGUGGGACCUGAAGGAGCACACGCGCUGCCUGGCGUCCUACGCGAAACACUCCUCAGGCAUCGAAAUGUACGGCGCGGAGCCGCGGUGGCUGGACGCGGUCGGGGUCCAUUGGGCAGCCGAGGUCUCGUUCAGGGUGGCCGCUUUCCGAGACGCCAAGAUCACGCAGGAAAGGUCGCUCAAGUAGCACUUUUUCCUCCGCUUUGGCCACACCUUCUGCGCAAAGCCCCGGCGCAGCCAGUGGGACGCGUACGCAAUGGCGGGUCGUGUGGCCGCCAUGACACUACCCGCGUUCAUCGGAGCGUUCGGGUGCCCCGUCAUGGUGGGCAUCGGGUGCUGACGACACCGCGACUGUAUGGUACAAGGAGUAAAGUGACAGCUACUUGCAGAGAGCAGCAGUGCGGCUUCGCACUGCUCGUCAAUUUCUU